AUGGCAAAAAUCGAAAGCUACUCCAACCUUACCAAGCUUCAAGAAGACCUCCUCAAAAAAGGUUACUGUUUUGGCCAAUUAAUAGCUCUUGCAGUCUACACCAAGCACGAAAGCGGCGUGAACACCAAAACUUCUCUCAAACAAGUGAAAUCAACUACAGAUGUCCCAAAUAUCAAUGGAACCACUUACUUCAAGUUAACUGACCCUAGAUUCACCCUCAAGCAAGAAUUCCAAACCUCCCUUCUCUAUAAGACUAUCCUUGAAAUUACUCCUGAGAAGUUCAAGAACCUUAAAGGAAAAGUUGAAGUUGAAGUAAAUAGAGCAACUGGAGCUGCAAAAGAAACUUUGUCGGUAGAGUGCAAUACUGAAAAAACUAAAGCAAAACUAGCUCUGGGCAGUGAUUAGAUUGUGCCAUUCGCUUUCGCAAGGGCCGGGGAUUUGCACCCUACACGCUCAUCAUCCCUGAUGGAUCCGGCGGACACCCUUCCCCGUCACCGUAGACGAGGCUUCGCGCACCAUUCUUGACUUCCAUGGUUCCUGGAGUCUAAGGGCCAACCACCUGGGUCGAAACUCCCAGUUUCUCGUUAGGCAAAUACCGUCUUCAGGGUCUGAGGGUCAUAUUGCCCAUCAGACAUUGGCCGACCUUGCCCUUUCCAAUGGUUGUACCGGAGGAAAAACUCUAAGUCCAGGGAUUAGCUCCUGGGCCCGAGAAAGCCCAGCCCGACUAUACAUAAAGGAUUACCGACCCCUUUCCACCUAAAUCCUAGACACUGGGCCGUUGCCUGCUGGUGUUGAAGAAAUAGGGUCGAGAGGUCGAGUGGUCUGUCGUCACCAUUUUUAUGUAUAUCUCUGGGCAGUGAUAAACUGUUCAAGACAAGCAUAGUCAGAUCUUUUGGAAGCUUUGGAGCUGGCUUUGAUUUCGGUUUUGAUUUGAAUACUUGGAGAUUGGGAACUUAUAAUGCAGCUGCUUAUUAUUUCGCUGAUAAAUAUAGAGCUGUGCUUAAACAUGUGAGCACUGAUAGUAAAGCUUAUACUUUUGGAAAUCUGGUAGGAUCACUUUAUUAUAAUUAUGCUGCAGAUACUAACUCCCCCCCCCCCUCCGUGAGCGAACAAAAAAAUUUUGUUCGCUCACGGAGGGGGGGUUAAAUUUUUUUUUUUAAAAAAAAUUUAUAUAUAUAAAUUUUAUAAAAAAUAUUUUUUUCGAAAUUUAAAAAAAUCCUAAUUUGCAAAAAUUUGGGAAGCAAAUAUUAAUUUAAAUUUGCAAAAUUUAUGUUUUAAAACGCAAUUUGUUUAAAAUUAAACAGAAUUAGCUCUAGAUUUCAUUAUACUAAUUAUCACUUAUAUAUCAAAAUUUUUUUCUAUUAAAAUUUUUUCUAUUAAAAAAAUUUUUGUUCACUCACGGAGGGUGGUUUUUGGGUCAAAAAAUGGCGAUUUUUCUAAUGGUUUUGUUCGCUCACGGAGGGGGGGGGGGAGUAAGAUUGGAGCUACAACUACUGUGAAUAAUGAAGGUGUGGCUGACUUGACACUUGGCUUCCAACAUGCGUUGUCAGGAAAUAAAACUUUCAAGGGUAGAGUGAGCAAGAGCGGAGUUGUAGGGUGGAAUCUUAGAGCUAAAAUCAACCCAUACGUUAGCGUUACGACUGCGAAUCAAUUCAAUUUGAAAUCGUUCUAUUCGUCUGAAAAUCCUAAUUGGCAGAUUGGGCUUAGAGUUAAAAUUAAUCAAUAA